AUGGCCAGGCAUCAGCUCCAGGACGGCGGGGGCGAGGUCGCGUGCCGCGUGGCGCCACUGCCGCCGGGCUCCAGCCUUCCCCCCCUGCGCCUGACGCAGCGGGGUGAGGUGCGGGGCAUCGUCAUCCGCGCCUUCCAAGCCGGCAGGGUGCCGCGCGGUGUCGCGGAUCGCAUGGCAAGGGCCGCCCGAGCCGCCCUGGGCGCGAACCUCGCGACCCUGGUCGAGGCGGAGGAGGUGGAGGCCCUGCCCCCGUGCCAAGCGGUGGGGGACGGGUGCGGGGUACUCCUCGCUGCUCACACCAGCUCGGGCUGCGUGCUGGGCGCCUCAGGCCUCGGGGAGCGUGGCGUCUCGGCCGAGACGGUGGGGCGGCGUGCAGGCGCCGAGCUGGCGGCGCUCCUGGCGAGCGGGGCCUGCGUGGACGCCCACGCCGCAGACCAGCUGGUCAUCUUCGCCGCCAUGGCUGGCGGGGAGAGCAGGAUCCUGAUGGGAGAGCCCACGCUGCACACCCUGGCAGCCAUCGCGGUGGCAGAGCAGCUCACCGCAGCGCGGUUCGACUUGCAGACGGUGGAGGGCCUGACCCUCAUGGCCUGCCAUGGGGCAGGACUGACGUGGGGCUAG